AAUUAACUGCAGAAGAAUUAACGUGUUUUGACUAUUGGCAUAGAGAUACUUGGAACACUUAUAGAGUAUUGUGGAAUGCGGAGUGUGAAUUUAAAGAUGGAUACGUUUUCCCGGAAUGGAAAAAUGGUUCUUUAUCUGCUGAUAUAUUGGUGCCCUUGGUCUGCAACAACAAAGACUCGACGAAAAAAUGCCUUUUGAAAACUGUUAGCACAAUUCUGGAUUAUAAUAACAAACUUGAAAGAGAACAAAAUUCUCCUAGCCGUAAGGAGGAAUUUGCUGGCAUGGAAAAAUAUUUGACUUGUCUCAAGGCAAUCAUGAGCUCUUGCAUGGCGUUUCCAUAUUAUUGCAAGAGUGAUUUGAUCUGAUGGAAUGAAAGACAGAUAAAAAGAAAAGUUUCUUUCUUUACAUAACAAAUGUAAAUCAAAAUAGUAAAAAAGAUUGAAUAAUGUAAUUAGUUACUUCAUUAAAAAAAUUGCUGAACUGUAAUUGAAGGUCCUGGCGUAAUAAAUAUCUUAUACUGCA